AUGGUUGUCGCAACGAUCAAAUGCGUCGUCGUCGGUGACGGUGCUGUCGGCAAGACGUGCCUGCUGAUUAGCUACACGACCAACAAGUUCCCUUCCGAAUACGUACCGACCGUCUUUGAUAACUAUGCCGUUACUGUCAUGAUCGGCGACGAGCCCUACACUCUUGGCCUAUUCGAUACUGCUGGUCAAGAAGAUUACGAUCGGUUACGGCCCCUGUCCUAUCCCCAAACCGACGUCUUCUUGGUCUGCUUUAGCGUAACUUCGCCCGCAUCAUUCGAAAACGUGCGCGAGAAAUGGUUCCCCGAAGUGCAUCACCACUGUCCCGGCGUGCCCUGCCUUAUCGUCGGCACCCAAGUAGAUUUGAGGGAUGACCCCAGUGUACGGGAAAAGCUGUCAAAGCAAAAGAUGCAGCCUGUACGGAAGGAGGACGGUGACCGGAUGGCGAAGGAGCUCGGCGCUGUCAAGUAUGUCGAGUGCAGUGCCUUGACUCAGUAUAAAUUGAAGGACGUGUUUGACGAGGCCAUCGUCGCUGCGCUGGAGCCUCCGGCGCCCAAGAAGAAGUCACACAAGUGCCUGUUGCUUUGA